GCAACAGAGCUUCAAACACCAAAAAUUGUUUUCACUUCACUGCAAAUUCUGGGUUUUGCGAUACUAUACGAUAACACUUCACUGAAACACUAGUGACACCGUGAGAUUUGCGAGCUGUGAUAUUCAGUAACAGUUUUGCCAUUUCCGCCGCCGUAUUACUUGCACACUCAUCUUCUCUUUCAUUCUGGUUUCAAAUUCCAAUAUGAUCAAACUCCUCUUCCCUAAAAAUGUCACUAUCAUAUCAUCUUUUCCUUCCUCCUCACCAUUAGUUCGUCCUCUUCUCCAAAUUUGUCACUUCUCAGCCUCGUCAUAUAAUCGUUCAUCCUUAAGACCCGAUGAUGACGAAACACGAAAUGAGCGAAAUGUACCAAUUUCAGUGUGGUGGGAGUUCGAUGGCUGUAACUUACCUGCUGAUGUCAAUGGUUACAGAAUCACCCACUGCAUAACAGAAGCUCUUAGGGCCAAAGGGAUAAAGGGGCCACUUCAAAUCAAGGCUUUUGGUGAUGUCCUGCGACUUCCAAUUGCCAAUCAGGAAGCUCUCUCUUCCACCGGGAUAAAUCUGGUCCACGUUCCCAAUGGCGGAAAAAAUCCUGCUCACGGAUCUCUUCUUGUAGAACUUAUGCAUUGGGUUUCCAAAAAUCCUCCACCGGCUCAUCUGUUUUUGAUUACUGAUAAUAGGGUUUUUGCUGAUAUGUUGCACCGUUUAAGAUUGGAUAACUACAACAUCUUGCUUGCAACACCAACAAAGGGUCCGAAAGUUCUGUGCAAUGCAGCCACUAUAAUGUGGCAUUGGGACUCAUUAGUUAGAGGAGAAAAUCUUGAUGGAAAACACUUUAAUCAUCCUCCUGAUGGUUUGGAUGGUUCUUGGUACGGGCACCACAAGGUGCCUCUUGAAGACCCUUUCUUAAAUGGUGAGCAGUCACAAAUUGAGGAGGUACCUAUCUCAGAUUUGGAAUUACGUACAGUACCAAGGGCAGUUGUGAGGCAAGUUCAACAAAUAUUGAACUCAUAUCCAACAGGUAUCUCUGUAUCAGACCUUCGAGCAGAGAUAGCAAGAGCUGGUAUUUUCUUGGAUAAAGACUACUAUGGUCAUAAAAAGUUUUCCCGAUUUCUCUUGUCAGUGGCAAAUGUACAACUUCAGCCUGGACCUGAUAAAUUACUUUUUGUUCAUCCCAUCCACCAAAAAUAUCCUGGAACCUUGGAUAUCAGUUCCGAAUCAUCUACAGCACCUUUUUAUGGCGAGGAGUUGAACCAGGUGGCUACUUCAAAGUUAAGUGGUAAGGCCGAAAAGGUGGUUGGGGAUGCAGAUGUGAAUACUGUUGAUGGUGAGAAGUUGAAUCAGCAGGCUACUUCAAAGUUAAGUGGUGAGGUGGAAAAGGUGGUUGGGGAUGCAGAAGUGAAACCGUUAACAGCCUCAUCUCAGGUCCCAGAAGAGGUCCAACAGGUUCCGGAUGUGGUUAACGCACAUGUAGCUGAGAAUCAAUUACCUCUGAAGGAGAAUGAAAUUCUUAGCUCUAGUGAUGCAAGUCUGAGUGUCACAGAGAAAAAUACAACUUCAGAGAAUUAUUCUACUGAACAAAGCAACACAGUUUCAGAAAAGAGUGUUUCUUCAAAUGAUAUUUCUGGAAAGUUAAAUGCUGAGGACAAAGAUGACAAACCCACAAUAAAGGAAGCUGAUGCAGUUUGUCAAGUUCCUCAUUCUUUACCAGUUGAUGAAUCUAUGAUUGACAAAAGCACUGGUGAAAGCCCUGAAACUUGCAGCAAAAAUUUUGGCAGACGUCCGGGUUUCUUUGCUUGGAUUAGCAGCUGGUGGCCAUUCAGGAAAAAUGGUGGAAACUCAAAUAAUUUGACUCAUCAACCGGAUCUGAUGCCUAGUAAUAAUAAAGAGCCCAAGUCUUCAAACCCGAGCGAGGCAACCUGUCAUUCUGAAGAGUCUGAGUUGUCAGAUCCAAAACAAACAGUUUGUCAUUCUGAAGAGUCUGAGUUCAGAGAACAGAAACAAACAAUUAGUCACUCUGAGGAGCCCAAGUCAUCUGAACCAAGACAGAAAGUGAAUUGUUUAUCAGAGCCUGAGUUAUUUUCUAGUAGUUGCUUUUGGAGUGACAUGGAAUCUUUUGUUUUUACUGGCAAAGGAUCAACUCUGAUCACCCGUUCUAAAAGCAGGAAGGAUAUGAUCCGUAAAUUUCAAAAGUUUGGACCGCAGGUUCUUAGUUCUCUUGGCGAAAAUGAUCUCCUUCAACUGGUCAAUAUGUUGAUAUCUGAGAAAAAAUGGUUGGAGGAAAGGCCUUCCCUGACUUUUCCUUUCCUGGUCACUCUAGAAGCUCGGAAGAACUCAGUGGGCCUAUCACAUGGUGCAACUGGCUUGAGAUCUCUCUUCCUAAGCAAAGAAGGACGGAGCACCUUGCAAAAAUCAUCAGAAGGUGACAAUGGUAAAAGAUAUCAGAGUAAUCCUGACACUGGAGGUUCUUCACCUGCCAUUAAAAAUAAGCACACUGAAAAGUCUAGAACUGACACAUUAGCGGAUAUUCAGAAGCUUGUGAGUGAAAUAUUGAGGGAACACUCAGAUGGGUAUAAUAUGUGUAUGAUACCAAAACUUUUUCUGGAGAGGUAUGGCUAUCCUCUUGAUGUUCAGAAUCUUGGUUACCAAAAGUUGGCAAACUUGUUGCAUAUUCUGCCUGGAGUGAAAGUAGAGUCCUCAUACAUCUUUGCGGCUGAUCAUCCCGUUUUUGCUUCUGACAAGGAAAUGUCAACUCUCAAUACUUUAGUGAAUAAUUCAAGUGUUACUGCACCAUAUUCGGAUAGGAAGUCAUCUGAUUCAUGCCAUAAAGAUGAUCGCAAAGACUCCCCCUGGGAAGAAUUAGGACCUGUCUCAGUCAGCAAUCCUAACCAGAGUGACCUGGAGACAAAAUCAGGGCAAAAGGCCUUAAAGCUGGAGACGUCAAUGCAGCCUGAUUACGAACCUUCACUUUCUGAUGAUGAUUCUUCUGAAUCUGAAGGAGAUAGAUCUUGUUUAACUCGAUCAGAAGAGGAAGGACGGUCAAAACAUAACGUGGAAGACAGCUCUCUUCUGCAAACUCUGGAGUCAUUUUACUGUCGCCAAGAAGAGGAUAGUGCAGAGUCAGAAAACACUGACACCAAAGGCAAUGGCCUGACUGGUGGUUUAGGCUCAUCCAAGCAUUCCACUCCAGGAAUGCUUUCCAAAGUUCAUUCAGGGGCAGUGCUUAAAGAGAAGCAAAGACCUCACAAAAGCUAUUCAUUUGUUGCCGACCCAGACUCACGAAAGAAGGAUGAGCUAAUUGAUGGAAUAUUACAGAAUUUGAGGAAAUCAGAUGAGUUGAAGAUGCGGAAUUGAAAAUUUCCUGGAGUUCAUAGAUUCUAAAUUGGGAUCCUGUCUAGUACUUGAGAAUAGAAAUAAUGGGAUUCUAGCGAAUUAGGAUUACUAACAAACUCGUGGUGGCACGCUCCUUUACAUCGCGCGAGUUGCCUAUUUUUGCAGGCCAUGGUACUAACGAUUCUGUGAGAGAUGUUUGCUAUUAUUGAACCAUAUUCUUUUAAUGACACUUCUUUCACUGCUAGAUCAAAUAGAGGGAUAAGGGCACUUUCUAAUUCAACCUUUUUAAUGUGAAGAAAUGAGGAAAAAACCCUCGUUUUACUUACAGACGUCGAUAAAAUACUUCUGUGCAUGCAGCAUGUGAGCCACCCUGAGAGGAAGGUUUGUGGAUUCCCACCACGCCCUUCUCUGCUUCAGAUAAAAUGGGCGAACGGGGACAAGCAAGUCAGUGGAAAAUGUGUGUGAACCAUGAAGGCUGAGGAAGUUAUAAUGGGAACAAAGAACACCAAACAUCAGGCACUUCUUGAGUAACAUGUAUGAUCAACUUCUUUUUUCCCCUUAAUUUUUUACUCAUUAUUUACAACUUUUUGGCAGGAUAGAAAUUAUUUUUACCAACAAAAAACAGAUAGAGGGAUGAACAGAUGCUUUUAUUAUACAAAGGUGAUUUUUGAAUUUAAAAA